UCCUUCCUUCCUUCCUUUCUCUCUCUCUUUUUCUCUCCCACACAUUUAGCCUUUUCCUAACUUUUCUUUUUAUAUGUUUUCAUGUUUAUAUUUUAUUUACGUAAAGCUCCAAUGAACAUUUUGAAAAAGGAGGGGCAAAUGAAUAUUUGCUGAAAGGAGCAGAAGGUGGGCGACAAGCAAAAAACAAUGUUGGACGUGCAAAGAGUCUUUCCUGCCUGCUGAGUUGGUCUCCUUGAUUCAAAACAGGGCACGUCAUCCAAUCCAAUCCUAAUGAUCCAAUCAAAGUACAAACCAGGGAUAACGAUAGCAAAAUCAAAACUGACCCCACUUCAGGAUCAUUCUGAGAGGAACAACCAGGUUCUCUGCCUUGCAUCACGCCGCUCUCAACGGCAACACGGAGCUUCUGCUGCUGCUGCUGGAGGCCCAGGCUGCGGUGGACAUCAAGGACAACAAAGGCAUGCGCCCCUUGCACUACGCUGCCUGGCAAGGGAAGAAGGAGCCCAUGAAAUUGGUGCUGAAGGCCGGCUCCUCGGUCAACAUCCCGUCGGACGAGGGGCAGAUCCCUUUGCACUUGGCAGCCCAGCACGGACACUACGAUGUGUCAGAAAUGCUCCUCCAGCACCAGUCCAACCCCUGCAUCCUGGACAACAGCGGGAAGACCCCUCUGGACUUGGCCUGCGAAUUUGGCCGCGUUGGGGUGGUGCAGCUGCUUCUGAACAGCAACAUGUGCGCAGCCCUGUUGGAGCCCAAGCCGGGGGACAUCACUGACCCAAACGGGACCAGCCCACUGCACCUGGCCGCCAAGAAUGGGCACAUUGAUGUCAUCAGGCUUUUGCUCCAGGCUGGCAUAGACAUUAAUCGUCAGACGAAGGCAGGGACCGCCUUGCACGAAGCGGCCCUGUGUGGCAAGACGGACGUGGUGCGCCUCCUCCUGGAUAGCGGGAUCAAUGCCCAUAUCCGGAACACCUACAGCCAGACCGCCCUGGACAUUGUCCACCAGUUCACGGCCACGCAAGCCAGCAAGGAGAUCAAGCAGAUGCUGCGAGACGCUUCGGCCGCCCUGCAGGUCAGGGCCAUGAAAGAUUAUUGCAACAACUACGACCUGACCAGCCUCAAUGUCAAAGCCGGGGACAUCAUCACGGUGCUGGAGCAGCAUGCCGACGGCCGGUGGAAAGGCUGCAUCCACGACAACCGGACAGGCAACGACCGUGUGGGAUACUUCCCGUCCACCCUGGUCGAAGCCAUCAGCAAACGUACAGGUCCGUGGGAUGCAGACCCUUCCCCGGGGCAGUAUCAAGCCAUCUCCCUCCCAGCUGGAGGGGCUGCCCUGCCCAACGGCCUCUCUGCCCCCUCUAUCUCCUCCUCCUCCUCCUCUUCUCCCCCCCUCCAUCAGCUCCAUUGCCUGCCUCCACCUCCACUGCUUUCCCAUCAGCCUCUUUUCAGUUCCUUCGGCUACCGCCGGCUCGCCCAUGGCGGCACGGAAAGGCCUUGCGCCAAUCCAGGUUCCCGGGGGUCGGAUGCCAGCCCCUCCCACUUGUCCCCCGGCAGCUCUGCUACCACGCCGGCCCCAGCAGAAGAAAUUUGGGUGCUCCGCAAGCCCUUCGCAGGAGGUGACCGCAGCAGCGUGGGCAGCACUGGAAGCAUCGCCAGUGGACGGAGCUCGGGCAGUGGCCAGAGCACGGGAAGCGGAAGCCAUGUGGCCCUUCACCCCAGUUCAGAAGGCGUGAAGCUGCUGGCAACUGUCCUUUCCCAGAAGGCGUCUGUGCAAGAAUCUGCUGCGAGCGACGGGCCUGCCAAGGCGGUGGAGACACCCGCAGGUACUUCCCGGACCCCAGGACUGGGCAGCACCCCAUACCCCAGCCAGCCGUAUGGUGAGCAGCAGGUGAAGAAGGUGGAGCCGCAGUCGGAGGGGAAGAGCUCAGAGGCCGUCUACCAGUGGCUCUACAAGUUUCAGCUGCAACUCUAUGCCUCCAACUUCAUAAAUGCUGGUUACGACAUUCCCACGAUCAGCAGAAUGACCCCCGAGGACCUGACGGCCAUUGGGGUCACCAAGCCAGGACACCGAAAGAAGAUCGCCUCCGAGAUCAACAACCUGAACAUUCCCGAGUGGCUCCCAGAAUACAAGCCAGCAAACCUGGCCCUUUGGCUUUCCAUGAUCGGUCUGGCACAGUAUUACAAAGUCCUGGUGGAAAAUGGCUACGAGAACAUCGAUUUCAUCACCGAUAUCACUUGGGAGGAUCUGCAGGAGAUCGGCAUCACCAAACUGGGCCACCAGAAGAAGCUGAUGCUAGCUGUGAAAAAGUUGGUGGAGAUCCAGAAAGCGGAAUACAUCAAGUAUGAAUCAGGAACCCUGAAGAAAAAAGGUGCACCACAGUCACAGGACACAGUGGCCAUAGAGUCUCCUCCGCAGGAAACGGCUGAAUGCCAAUCCCCCAAGAUGUCCACUUUCCAGGGCAGCGAGCUGAGCAAUGAAUUGCAGGUGGCCAUGACAGGCACCAGUGAAGAGGGGCCCGAGAAACAGGUCAACCAUGUGACGCACUUCCGGGACGGAGCUGUCUACCGGCACCCCUCCCGCCUCGUUCACGAGAACAGCCUGAGUGGGAGAGCUAAGCUGAUUAGUAGUUCCCAGGAGCUGCUGGGAGAUGGGCCCAAAUCUCCUGGCCCUGCAGCAUCCAAAAGCCAGGAGCACCUAGCAGAAGAGGGGAAGGAACCUCCAGCCACCCUGCCCAAGGAGGUGCGGAGCCUCCGACAUGGCCACAGCAUCAAGAGGGCAAGCGUCCCACCAGUGCCUGGAAAACCCCGGCAAUCCUUCCCUCCAGCUGCAGGCCACUACACCCCUCCGCAAACGCCCACCAAGCCCCGCCCAUCCUCUCCUCAGGCUUUCGGGGUGCCCCACGCCACAGCCAAAGUAAAACCCACACCACAGUUGCUGCCGCAGACCGACCGACCCAUGUCCCCUCGCUCCCUGCCUCAGUCUCCAACGCACCGGGGCUUUGCAUAUGUCAUACCGCAGCCUGUGGAGGGAGAGGCUCAGGCGGCGGGCCCCUUGGCUCAAGCCGUGCCGGUCCUGCCCAUCUCCAUUCCAGUGCUGUGCCUGCCACCCCAGGCUGCGGAGAGCGAGGAGGAGGCAGGUCGGCCCAAGAAGAGGGCCCACAGUCUGAAUCGCUAUGCAAUGUCCGACAGUGAGCAGGAGCGGGAUGAGCUGCUGGUGCCAGAUGCUGGGCCCUAUGCCACUGUGCAGCGGAGGGUCGGGCGCAGCCAUUCUGUCCGGGCACAGUCGGGUGUCGACAAGAACGUGAACCGCAGCCAGUCCUUUGCUGUGCGGCCCAAGAAGAAGGGACCUCCGCCUCCGCCGCCCAAACGUUCCAGCUCUGCCAUCUCCAGCAGCAACAUGACGGACGAUUUUAGCAAAGAAGGAGAGGAGGGAGAAGAGCUGGCCCAGAAGCAGCUGAGUGACGGGGGCACCGUGGACACAGGCAGUGCUGGGAGCGUAAAGAGUAUUGCUGCCAUGUUAGAAAUGUCAUCUAUCGGUGGAGGGGGGCGGGCUCUUGCCCUGCAAAAGGGGGCUGACGGGUACUACUUGCAGCCUGGUGUGGUUGUGCGCUCAGCCAGUCCGGAACAUACCCGUGUUGCAACUGUUCUGGCCACUGUCAAGCACAAAGAGGCCAUCGGACCAGACGGAGAGGUGGUGAACCGCCGACGCACCAUCAGUGGUCCUGUGACUGGGCUUGUGGCAGCUGCUCGCCGUGAACGCUCGGACAGCAUCAAGUCUGAUUUGGCCAAAGAUGGCGGCCCCAUGGAACGGCUGCGAGCAGAGCACAGCGGGAGCUCCCCACAGAACGGUUCAGGAGAAAAUAUCCCCUUUGCGGAGGAGGGCAGCCUGACUAUCAAGCAGCGUCCCCGGCAGAUGAGCCUCGCCAAGGCCGAAGGUGGGGAGGGCUUGUCCCUGGCCCACCGGCAUGGUGACCUUUCCAGAGUGGAGGCCAGUGCCACUCUCAAGCGGAGGAUCCGGGCAAAGCAGUGUCAACAGGACAAUGUCAAGUUCAUCCUCACGGAAUCGGACACUGUGAAAAGGCGGCCAAAGUCAAAAGACAAGGAGCAAGAGCUGGCCCAGCUCUCGGUGUACCACAACGGUAUGGGCACAGUCAAGCGCCGGCCGACCUCUGAAAUGAGCAGCCUGGAGGCUGUGGCUCCCACAGAGCAGAGAGGGGAAGGGGCUUUGGCUCAGAUCCCCCGCGAAGGAGAAGCCAAGAAACCCAUCAAGCCUCCAGUCUCCCCCAAGCCCAUCUUGCCGCCCAAAACCUCAGGGCCUUCCACGCCCACCCCCAAAAGGGCUCCGAUUCCCGGCCCUGGAAGCCCAGAAGUGAAACGUGUCCAUGGGACCCCGCCACCCACAUCUCCAAAGCCUACACCACCCCCAACUGCUCCGAAGCCGAAGGUCCACCCUGUCCUCCAGUCAGUGAGUGCCAGCUGCACACCAGCACCUUCACCGGCCAAGCAGCUCACCCCCACCAUCAAGCCUUCAAGCACACCUCCUUCCCUCUGCUCCAGCCCAGCUAAGCCUUUGUCUCCCGGAGGGCUACCUCCCCAGACCGUGCCAGUCAAGCCACCUCGCUCCUCCAUGGCUGGGCCUUCAGUGGAGAGCACCGAGAGUGUGCAUCAGAAACUGGAGGAGACCAGUGCUUCUCUGGCUGCCGCUCUGCAAGCUGUGGAGGAGAAGAUCAAGCAAGAGGAUGGACAAGCAGCAGAUUCCACUGCAGAAUCCAAGAGUACUGUCAGCAUCCUGGAUGACAUUGGCAGCAUGUUUGAUGACCUUGCUGACCAGCUAGAUGCCAUGUUGGAAUGAGAGCUGGAGAACAGUCCGGGCCAACCUCAGGAUCUGCCAUGGGCACAAGGGCACAAUCACCUCCAUGAAGAUCUUCCCUCCUCCAUUUUUUGAGGUUUGCACAAAGAAGACAAGGUUACCUCAGGAUUGUGUUGAAACAAACUGAGAUGCUUGAGAAAGGCUUCCCUCGGGACCAGUUUGGCAAAGUGAAGGGAGGAACCACGUUUGGGUGUCUUCUCCCCUCCCUUCCAAACACCUGUGUGACCUUAGAGAUAACAGCAGGGCUGCAGUUCUCCUGCAGUGGAGUCGGAGGUCAGGGCCUGGGAUGGCAGAGCUUCCAUGGCAACGGGAGAAAGUGAGCGUCACACUUUCUUCAGCACAGCUUUCUGGGCGAAGCUACUCCAUCCACUCCGUGUGGCUUUUCCCCUCACAUAUAAUUAUGAAGGUUUCCUUUCCCCCCUCUCCAGAUCAGUCCUGAGUUGUUACCGUCCCAAUACACUAUCAAAGUACGUGGCACAAAUAAGUAUUAGUCUUCUCUGGUUCUUCAUGUUUUCCAUUUGGGGUGAAAUCUUGUCUUAGCGAUGACUAUUGCCUUCUGUGUUGGGUGUUUCUGGACUGCACACCGCGUUUCCUUCCAUGCCCAGCUCAUGCGCCCAACUGCCACCGCUGGACAUGCUGGUAGAGGCAGCCAUGGAAGGCCUGAGGGAACCUGUGAGUCGGGGUGGGGGGUGGGGGAACCUUCAGCAAGCUGCAUGCUUUGUUUUUUUGUCCUGAAGGUGUUUGUCUUCUCCUGGUGAUGAUGAAGCUGUGACUGUAAGAAGUUUUGUUUUGUUAACACGUCCCCUUUGAGAGACAAGCUCUUUUUUUUCUGUCGGUUUGCCUUGGAAAGCAUCAUUCCUGGCAAAAGCUGUGCAAAAGCUUUGGUAUGUUUGCAUGAUCGAUAAAAGUAUUGAAAUAUGAAAAGAAAAAAAAAACGGGGUGGGGUGGGUGGGAUAAAAGCAUCCUGGCCAAAAUUUCCUUGUACAUAAGCCCCAUCGGUGGCUGCUGCAGCUGCCGAAGAUAGACGGCAAAUCUUUUUUUUUUUUUUUUAAACCCCUCUCGAGGCAGUUCUGAGCACAGGGACUCGCCCUGCACUUUCUAUUGCUCUAAGGCGCUUCUGUCCCAAAGAGUUCGUCACCGAUUGAACCAUUUCGCCUUCUUAACCUGCCGUGACCGUUGGGAGCAAGGUUGGAAGAAGACGUCACUGACCAGGCAAUGGACGGAGAAGGAACGAUAAACCAUAUCCGUGUUCUGGAAACCGAGGGCAAGGGCGGUGGUGGUUUGGUAUUUCAGUGGAGGUUUCAUGGAAGGGAGACGUCCUCUCUUGGUAUUACAGGCUCAGUUUCGGAAGGGGGCAGCCAGGAUGAGUGGAUUGCAACCAUUAGCUAGAACAUGUCUUGUACUCCUGACUCGUGAGACGCAGAUCUUGCCCUGAUUGAAGGAUCUUCUGGCAAUCAGUUAGGAAAGGGCUUCCUUGCGAGAAGGAAUCCUGCCGAGUACAGCACCGUUUCUUCUUCCAGAAAGGGGCAUCUUCCAAGAGGAUCACAAUUUGUGCUGACCCAAGGGUUGUACGCCAAAGUUUACUCUUAUGAGCCUUCUCCCUCUUCCAGGUAUGUAGUGCAGAAUUGCUGUUUUCGUUACUCCCCAGGCAGUGUAAGCACCACCUUGGUAUUGUGGCAAAUUCAUCUUCUAAUUUCAUCAACCGACUUGAGGCUUCCUAGAAGGAAGAAAUCAUAGUAUAGUGACGGGAGGAACAAACUGCUCUGUCAAUUCAGAACUGUCUACUAUGCUCAGGUUUACUUUGGUUUAUUCCACUUGCAAAUUGGAAGGGUCUGGAUAGGAAAUAAGGAAGACCCUUGGCUGCAAGAGGAAUGCUUGAAUGUUGCCGUUAGGGAAGGCCAGCCUUUGUCUGGCUCCUGCUUCUGAUGGAUGAGCUUCUCGGGGUCUCCUGGCUUCUUCAAGUUGCAUGGGAAGACUUGGAUCACCCUCCGGCCAUGUUCUCAGUGAGCUGCUCCACUUCAGCUUCCACUCGGUCUUCCUUCUUGUGGAAUUUAUAAAACAACACGAUGAUGGCAAGAAGCAGCAUUUUACAAGGAAAGGUAGAUCAUUUUACUUGAAUCGUUUACCGGGUUCUCUAAACCUUGUGCCCACAGGAGCAUUCUGGGGCAAGUGCCCAAGAUAUGUUGUCCUUUGUCCAAGGCCAGUGGGAGUAAUUCUUAAACCUUUGACUGCUAUUUCCAAAUGAUUCAUUUGCCUACAAAACUCCAUCAAAGAAAUUCCCCUAAGUACUUCUGAAGGAAUUUUGGCAGCGCCUACUUAUUUUUGACUCUUAGAAUGCGUUUCCUAAUCUCUAGCCUAAACUGGCUUUUAAAUGUUUUCGGCUGGUUAUACUUUCUCUCCCUCAUGAUGUGUUUGUACGUCAGAAUAACGGUGGCCCAUAAUUCAUAUGUCACGCCUCUGAAACCAGAAGCACUUGAACCAUCUUCCUCUCUCACAGAUGAAAGUACCGAGGUACUAGCUAGCUUAAGGCCCUUUUCCCAAAACUUAUAUCUUCUGGGAAUGAAGAACUACAGGGCAACAAUUUGCAGCUGGGAAUCAACCGAUAUUCUUCGGGAGAUCAGAGGGGGCUGGGAAAGUGACACAACCUCUCCGCAUGCUGCCAUCCGAUUUGUAGGGCAUCCGUUCUGACCAUGGGAUGGAGCCCUUGCCUUUCAUCUCUCCUUCCUCUUAUCUGGUGUAAUUCUCAGGUCUCUCUUGCUGGUGGGUUCUCCGUUUCCUGUACAUUUCACUCCGUCGUGUUUUGGUUUUUGCUUUAUCGAAUCACCUGGCAAUAAAGGAAAAAAAAAACAAACAAGAGCUACCAACUUUCAGUGAGAUCUUGGGGCUUUGUCUUGCAGACUCUUCUCAGACAACAUGGCAAGGUUGGGGUUCUUGAGCAGGUGACCUCUCACGUUUUAUGGCUGCUCUCAGCCAAGGGUAAAAAUACCAGUGAUAGGAACAAAACUUACGUGUGGGGCUACCACAGCUUCAUCUUCUCUUAGAGUUAUCAGUUCCAUCUUCUUGAGUGGCAGGCCAACCUCCAACACGGGACCCGUUCUUCACUUAUGUGAUCAUGACAUGCUGGGUUCCUUCCUCUUCGGUCUAUUCUUCCUAUCUCUCCAUCCGGUAAAGGAAUCCAGAAAAAAAGCAGCUUAAAAAAUGGGAGUCUCCCUUUGGCUUCCUAUACAUCCCCCAUGGGCUUGGAGUUAAGAUCUCGGGAGAACUCGUGGUCAUCUUUUGGAAGAGCUACUGUUCUGAGAGACAUCAUGGAGCUUUUUCCACCUUAAAAGAGUAGUGUUGAGUUGUGGUGCUGUUUCUUUUGUUACUUCACUGAUAGAGCUCUCCUCCUCUUGAGACAGCCGUGUUUGGGAUGUUCUUAUGUGUGCAGAGACUCACACAGCUUUUCUGUUGGAAGGUGAUUAAAGGGAUAAAAAUAAGCUAUAUAUAAAAAAAGUAUUUAUUGGGAAAAAAAUAUUUAAGUGGAGUUUCCCCCAGAGAUAAAUAACAAAAGGAAAGGAGUUUAAUAUAUAUAUAUAUAAAAGAUUUUAAAAUAUUAUCAAUUGUAUAUUGAAGUUUUAAAAUAUGAGAUUGAAAGAACUGGAGUUUAGCUUGACUAUUAGAAUUAUUAUAAGCUGUGUGUCUUGUGAGGUCAUUUUAAAAAAGUAGCACAAUGUUUAAAAAGGUAGUUUAUCUUUUUUUUUUUUCAAAGCGUGCAAAACAUUAUGUUAUAUGGAUUUUUUUUGCCAUUUUCUUUUUACAGUUUUAUUGAAAAUCAAAGGAUGUGCCUUGUUUUAAGAAGUUUUGUUUAAUCUUAUCUGAAAAGCGUGCAUUCUUUUGUGUCUUUUUUAAGUUGGAUGUAUGUUUAUAUGCGCCUGUGUAUGUAUGCGAGUGCGUGUUGAAGUGCAUGCAUGUGGAAAUCACUAACAUAUGCCCAGCUGUACACCAGUGUACAAAUGGGGGUCAGUCCAGUUUAAACACGGCUGUUAAGUCUGAAACAUCCUACUGGUUUCCUAGAGCUGUGGUUUCUGAGAGCUAGACUUGCUGUGUGAAUGCUGUUCCUGUUUCUUUUCUUGAAUAUGGAUAGUCUGUCUUUGCUGAUAUCCAAAACGUGUCUGGCACAACUUUGAAAUUUCUUAAUUAAAAAAAAUAAAAUAAAAAGGCAACAUAACAA